UGCUGCACCGAGAGCCUUCGGGGGCACGAAGUGCUCAAAAGUCCAGCUUCUCUCUCUCUCUCUCUUUCUCUCUCUCGCCCGAACACUCUCAAAGGGGAAACCCUACUUCUUCUUCUUCUAUUGAUUCGCUGAGUUCAAAGUUUCUGUACGCUCCAAUCAGAAGCAGAGAUCCAAGCAAUGAUGCUGGGCGUUUUAAGGAGAAGAGUUGCCGCCGGAAGCUCGUCUUCUUCUGUUCUGAGGCAGUCCUUGCAGAGUAUUCGACCUGCGGCAUCUACUCCUAGAGUUUCCUCUCUUCCUGAGAAUGAGAUUUUUAUCCAUACAAGAGGUUUUGGGCAUCUCCGCAACUUCAGCCACCUCAUUUCACCAGGUUUUUCUGUUAGUUCAGGGCCCAUGAGGGAUUUUGCCAACAUUGAGCUUAUGGCUCCCAAGCAAAUGUGGAGCAGGCCAUUUUCUUCAGAUACUGGGGAUUCGGUUGAUGUCGUUGUCCCUUUUAUGGGUGAAUCUAUCACUGAUGGCACUUUGGCAAAGUUUUUGAAAAAUCCUGGUGAUAGGGUAGAAGUUGAUGAGCCAAUUGCUCAAAUUGAGACAGAUAAGGUGACAAUUGAUGUGUCUAGUCCAGAAGCUGGUGUGAUAAAAGAGUUUGUAGCCAAGGAAGGGGACACUGUUGAACCAGGAAUUAAGGUUGCGGUUAUUUCAAAAUCUGGUGAAGGUGUAGCUCAUGUUGCUCCCUCUGAGAAAAUAACAGAGAAACCUCCUCCUAAGAAGGAAUCUGCUCCUCAAGACAAGCAACAGGAAAAGCCUAAAGUUGAAACUGCUCCUGCAACAGAGAAGCCUAAAACACCACCCCCACAACCACCUAAACCUUCUGCAUCGGAACCUCAGCUUCCUCCUAAGGAAAGAGAAAGACGAGUUCCUAUGACAAGGCUUCGGAAAAGGGUUGCAACCCGAUUGAAGGAUUCUCAAAACACAUUCGCAAUGUUAACUACAUUCAAUGAAGUUGAUAUGACUAACUUGAUGAAGCUCCGUUCUGAGUACAAGGAUGCUUUUGUAGAAAAGCAUGGAGUUAAGUUGGGCCUUAUGUCAGGAUUUGUGAAGGCCGCUGUAAGUGGGCUCCAGAAUCAACCUAUUAUAAAUGCAGUUAUUGAUGGGGAUGAUAUUAUAUAUAGAGAUUAUGUAGACAUCAGUAUUGCUGUUGGCACCCCAAAGGGCCUGGUUGUCCCAGUUAUUCGUAGUGCGGAUAAGAUGAAUUUUGCUGAUAUAGAGAAGGAGAUAAACACCCUUGCAAAGAAAGCAAAUGAUGGAACUAUAUCAAUUGAUGAGAUGGCUGGAGGUUCAUUUACAAUAUCUAAUGGUGGAGUCUAUGGAAGUCUUUUGAGUACACCUAUCAUAAACCCUCCUCAGUCCGCUAUCUUGGGCAUGCACUCAAUAGUGACCCGGCCAAUGGUUGUUGGAGGCAAUGUUGUCCCCAGGCCAAUGAUGUAUAUUGCUCUAACAUAUGACCAUAGGCUGAUAGAUGGAAGAGAGGCAGUUUUCUUUUUGCGUCGCAUCAAAGAUGUGGUUGAGGACCCACGCAGGCUGCUUCUGGACAUUUGAAGAUGAAGCUAGUUGUUGGUGGUCCGUUUCCUGAAAUUUCUGCUACAUUUAGGAUAUACUUUGUUGGACAGCAAUAAUAAUUUGAUAUCAAAGUUUUGUAGGGUUUUAUUUUUGAUUCACUGCUGUAAUGAGUUCCUCAAUUGCGGCUGCUUCGUUUAAUUGAUAUCGAGAUGGUACAUGCUCUUAUUUUAUGCUGAAAAAUGUUUGGUUACCAGUUUACACCCAUGGUUGUGGGCAUGAUUACCCAAUUUACUUUUUGAAAUAAUACAUGCAUAUUUUUCGUUUAA